UAUCCGCCGCCAUGUUGUGUCUCCGCGGCCCGGAGGGACGUCCGGUCGUAAAUAGUAAAUGACGGUACCGCCCGCUGGGCCGCUGACUGGACCGGACCACAGAAGGACGCAAUGAGCCGUCCGUCCUCAGCCGGAGGUGGAGGACUGGGAGCCGGUAAAGCAGGCGGGGGAAAGCACGGAGGCUCCGGAGGCACCGCUUCUGCCGCCGCCGCCGCUGCUGCCGCGGCCGCAGCAGUGGCAGCUGCCGCCGGUGUAGGCUCCGUCCCCGGCUCGGGUUCCGCAGCCGCGUCCUCCGCCGGGUCGCUGCCGCCCGCCGCGGCUCUCCCCGGUCAGCCCCCGGAGCUGACGGCGCUUUUCGAGUGCCCGGUGUGCUUCGACUACGUUCUGCCGCCCAUCCUGCAGUGCCAGGCGGGUCACCUGGUCUGCAACCCGUGCCGCCAGAAGCUGAGCUGCUGCCCGACCUGCCGCGGCCCGCUCAGCCCCAGCAUCCGGAACCUGGCCAUGGAGAAGGUGGCCUCCACGUUGCCGUUCCCCUGCAAGUACUCUGGUUCCGGCUGCCUGCUGGUCCUCCACCACAGCCAGAAGGCCGACCAUGAGGAGCUGUGUGAGUUCAGGCCGUACACCUGUCCCUGCCCUGGAGCCACCUGCAAGUGGGCGGGGCCUCUGGAGGCCGUCAUGCCACACCUGAUGCACACGCACAAGUCCAUCACCACACUGCAGGGCGAGGACAUCGUGUUCCUGGCGACUGACAUCUCGCUGCCCGGCGCCGUGGACUGGGUCAUGAUGCAGUCCUGCUUCAGCCACCACUUCAUGCUGGUUCUGGAGAAGCAGGAGAAGUUCGAGGGCCACCAGCAGUUCUUCGCAGUCGUUCUGCUCAUCGGCGCCCGCAAGCAGGCCCAAAACUUCGCCUACCGCCUGGAACUCAACGGAAACCGGCGCCGCCUCACCUGGGAGGCCACGCCCCGCUCCAUCCACGACGGCGUGGCGGCGGCCAUCUUGAACAGCGACUGCCUGGUGUUCGACACGUCCGUCGCUCACCUGUUUGCCGACAACGGCAACCUGGGCAUCAACGUCACCAUCUCCAUGUGCUGAGGACGGCCCGGUACCGGCCCGGUACCGACACGACCCGGUCCAGAUCGGGUCUGAAAAAAGCUGUUGAAAUAAAAGUUCUGUUGGUUCUGGUUCUGGUCAGUGAUCUGUGGAUCAGAACAUUGUCAAAACUCAGAGACAAAACCGUUUCAGAUUGUUGUACCCGUCCAGCUGGCAGAACCUUCGGGGUUGAUGGCCCGUUUCUCCAGGGUUUGGUUCUGGACAGACAGUACUCUGAAUGGGCUUGGUCACAUGACCUUUGACCUUCUGUUGGCAGAACUUCCACAUCAACUGGUUCCUGCAGAAGUUCUCUUUUGGGGCAGUAGGGGACGGAACCAGUUCUGGUUCUUGUGUUUCCCUUCAGCUUUGACAGGAGAACCAGAACCUCCAGGAUGUCUUCAGGUUGGCUGCAGAACCAGAACCGCUGGAUCUGGUUCAGUAGAAUAACCCAACAGAACCAUGUGUUUCUGACUCUGUUCUGAAGGGCUCUUGAGCUGAACCGGACCGACCCUGGGGUUGGGAGGCUGCUGGUUCUGAUCCAGCAGCGAACAGUCCACCACCACAGCCUUACUUUUCUACCGCUGCCCUCUUUCUGUGCUGCUGAAGUUUUGAUGAGACCCGCUGGACCCGGAGUACUGCUCAGCUCUACAGAACCAUCGAGACAGAACCAGAAUACAAACAGUUCGGGUUCACUAAUGACUGCAGCAGGAAAUACCUCAGAACUCCUCCAGAAUCCCUCAGAUGCCGGGAACUGGACCCUAACUGCAGCUCAGAACACGCUGGUUCAGCAGAAUCUGCAGAUUUGGGGUCAAAGUUCAAGCUUAAAAUAUUUAAAGCUACUAUAAAAAUCAGUUUAUGUUAGCAGAAGAAGAAACAUCAACAACUUUUUUCGUUAUUAGGACCUUUAAACUUCCUGCUGAGGCCGGAGAAAACCUCCGGCCCUUUAAAUCAUUCCAGGUAGUUAAACCUCACAGACACCUUCAAUCAACAUAUGAAUGUAAAACACCAUAAAAACAUCAAUAAGGAAUAAAAUCUACCUGAUGCUCCAUCAGCCCACCAUUACCCUGUCAGGGGUUCCACUGGCUGAGGCUAGCUUAGCAUCGUGAGCAUGCUAGCUGUUGGAUUCCAAAUACAUUUCUGACUGAUGAGGAGAUGAGCUUCAGAUGUUGAACAUAAACACUGUCCUUUAGUUGGUCUGUGAUCUGGUUAAACCGGUUCUGGGCCAGUGUGCUGGUCCGGACCGGGACCGCAGCCGUCUGGGGUUCAGUCCUCUCUGAGAUAAUCUGAAUAAAAUGGGAUUCAGACAGGUCCAAAUCCUGUCUGAAUCCCUUCAAACACUCCUUAUGGAAAAUAACUUAUUUUUCUCUAUUUUCAAAUAAAAACAGAUAUCAGGUGUCUAAGCUGGCAUGUAACAGGUUAAACCCUAAAAACUGCUGAAUGUUUUGAGCUGGGUUCAACUUUGAUGAAAAUUAUACUGAUACAAGAUUCAUCUGGAAAGUUUUCAGCAGUUUUUGUGGCAGCUGUAGCUGAACAUAAAUCAAGCAGUAAAUCAGAUCAUGAUUUAAAGCUAUACAGCCAGCAUGCUAUACUAUCAGGACGUUUUAAUGAUUAAAACUAAAAAUGUUUUAGGUUUAUUCACAUAAACUGAUCUCAUCUGUUGUUACUAUGUUUUCUCUAACGGGAGCUAAUUCAGGUAAAAAAAAAAGUCUUUAUUGAUCCCAGAUGGACAUUAAAUAUUCAGCUCUGACCUCUGAACCUCCCCGGUUUGGUUAGCAAGCAUGUUGUAGAACCCGGAGAGAUGCUAACAGUGUUAGCAUUAUCGUUAGCCUGGAUGUUUGGUGCAAUAAUAAGGAUUUAUCAUAACUUUUUCACUUGCAACUGAAACAAAAUUAAGUUGGCAUGCAUCAAAGACUGACUUCCUGUUGAUUUAAAAUUACACUUCCUGUUUCCUUAAGCCCACCCACACACUUUAUUCUGAUUGGCCAGUUUAAAACACCCUACAGAAAAUGUGUGAAGAAAUUAUUUCUACUGUUUGCUGUCUGGAGGUAGAUUCAUUUUUUUCAGAUGUUGUAACCAAAUAAAAGUGAAUAAACAAUGA